AUGGUAGAGCAACCCGCAAACGUGGAUGCCGCCGUGAAUACCCCAGUUGUGGUUGAUCCAAACGAUGAUGGAACAGUCGCCCAGGAACUGGAAUUAGAGCAUAUGAGGAGUACAUUGGAAGAGGCGAUUGUGGAAACGUGCAGUACGCCUCUCGAAAAUCGACCGCGACUUUCCCGCAUAGCCCUAAGCAAGCGGAAUCGGGCUGUCGUGAGGGCUCUGAACCCAAUGCUGGUGACCUAUUUGGAAGCCAGCCGGGACCUUUGCGAGACGGACUCAAUUCUUUUUGGCGCCGCGCUGGCAGUCUGCCGUAUCAUAGGCGCCAAGGUUUCCACGGCUGGACGCGCUACUGGCCAUAGUAGCGCUAUCCCAGCAUGGAGAAGAAGAAUUGAGGAAAGUAUCGCAAAGGCUAGAGCUCUCAUCGGCAGACUGAUAUGCUUCAGAUCAGGCAACAACAGGCCAAGAUUUGGGCGCACCGUCAGGAUGGCGUUUGCUGGGGCAAAUGUCAGUUUGUCCCAGCCGGAUAUAACGCAAAAACUGACGGAGCGCAUAGAUGAUCUGAAGCAGAGAAUCGCUGCUUGGGGAAAACGGAUUCGGCGAUAUACCGAGAGGUCGACACGGUUCAACCAGAAUCAUCUCUUCCAGAGUGAUCAGAAGAGGCUCUAUGAAUCAUUGGAGCGACCAAUGGUAAGUGGAACGGGUCCAGCGCCAAAUCAGGCCGACACGGUCGCAUUCUGGCGCAGCUUGUGA